UUUCUGUAUCUCUCUAAUCUUCAAAAAUUAUCAAAAUAUCCGUAAUUUUAAAAGUGUCACAACUAAUUUGAAACGAAUGAAGUAACUUACUUCUUUUCUUAAUAGUUUUUUGGGAAGACUCAAAACAAAAAAAAAAAUUAGUUAUGAGCUAGAGGAGUUGAAGGAAGUGUUUAAACCGAAUUCAAAUAGAAAUAGGCAACCAAGGUGUCGUAUAAUAGGAAACCUAUCAACUAAAAACUAAUAAUGUAGCUUUAACCAAUCAAAACACAAACAAUUAUAAUUAAUAUCAAUCGUAUUAUUAUACCCUAAUUUAGGAAACAAAUCCUACUCGAAUUAUAAUAAAUAAUAAUGUGAUCAAACAAAAAAUAAGUUUUGUUCCCCUCCCUCAAUCUCCAAAAACUAUAUAAAUAUAAACCCUUCUUAAAAAUUUCAUCCUAACUAAUUAUAUCUCCAAAAACAAAAACAAAAAAAUACUUGCAAGUCAUAAAAGAUUUUUUCUACUGAUUCAAUGAAUAAUUAUUCUUUGAGGAUGGCUAAUGCAGAACAAAAUUUAAGUUCAUUGAUGCAGAACUUAAGCUUGUUCAACAAUUAUCAAGGGGAUGUUCAAGACUACCCAAGUACUAGCAGCAAUGUGAAUUUUCGGUCUUAUAGUACUGCACAAACUCCUGGUGUUUAUCCUAUAACAACGAACCUACUUAGUGUUGAUUUUAGUGAUUCAGGACGUUUGUUGUAUAGACAAAUCUUACUCCAACGUUUCUUAACCGAUCUCUAUAGAGCCAUAUUCGAUUCAGCAAAUUAUAGCGACUUCAUUUGGGUCCUUAGUGAUAGUGGUAAGACUGUGAUCGAUUCUGUUCUGAAAAAGAUGGCAGCCUAUCCUGAUCAGAUGCUUAUCAUGGCUUCUUGUGAUGUUCACGCUUCUAAGGUAAUUAAGAAGCUAAUCAGUUUGGGGAAGAAAUCACCUUAUAUUAGUAUGAUACCUAAGAUUUUUGCUUCUAGAGUUGUGACUCUGAUGAACAACCAACAUGGAAGGCAUGUCGUUCAACAAUGUUUCACCUUCUUAGAUAAGCUUAGUAACAUGCCUCUAUCUGAAGAAGUGGUGAAGCGUUGGUUGGACAUAGCCAACGACAAGUAUGGAUGCAUUGCAUUACAAAAUUGCAUCGACUACAUAGACGACACCCCCCAACUGUACUAUGCAUAUCAUAGUGGGAGUGGGAGCUAUAACGCCUCUCUCCAGGAGCAUCUCCUCGUGAACAUCUCUGAGCAUGCUGCAAUGCUGGCACUGGAUACUUAUGGGAACUUCAUUUUGCAGCGAGUAAUUAGGAUGAAUAUUCCAGUCUACAACAUUGUUAUUGCUGAGGGCAUCAAACAUUUGUAUGAGACACUGUGUACAAACAAGAGUGGUAGCUAUUUGGUGGAGCAAUUUCUAAAUACUCCAUUUAGAUCUUAUGUAGCAGAGGAGCUCCUAAGCAGUUCCAAGCUUAUUCCGAUUGCGCAACAUGAAUUUGGAAAUUAUGUCAUCCAGAAACUAAUCAAAAGGACCAAGGUGCAUGAUGCUCCUUUGUACCGCGAACUUUGCAAGAAAUUGUUGCAGGACUUGGAUAAACUUCAAUGUAGUGUGUAUGGAAGGAAAGUCGCCAAUUUGCUUAAAUAUCAGCAAAAAGAAGAUGAAGCAAUUGAAGAGAAGAUAAUACAGAAGUUGGAGGAACAAAGCAGAGCAAUGCAGGCAAGUUGCUCAUCUGCCAACUUGUUGUGGAGUAUGUCAACCUUGUAAUAUGCCAAAAUGUGACUGAAGUUGGUAAGAAGUGAUAUGUAUUGUUGGGUUGUUACUGUUAGUAUGUACAACUUUGAAUUUCUUUAUGUUUGUUUGUUGUUGCAAAAUCCGAGUAUUAACUAUCAUGUAGUAUGUUUGUUGUUACAAUGUAGUGUAACGAAUUGUUUUAUCUUUGCUGAAAUAAUAGUUGCUUUCCUUGAA